UCUGACUAAAAGGAUCUCAAGUAAAAAAUAAGGAAACAAAACAUGGCGGAAGACAACAAUGGAGAUCCGCCGCCAGUUCAGCCACCGGAUCAGAAAAAGAGCCUCGAAGUCACAGGAGUGGAGGAAGAAGAAGAGAAUGAUUCGCCAAUUGAGCAAGUAAGGAUGACGGUAUCAACCAAAGAUGACCCGACCCAAUCCGUUCUGACAUUCCGGACCUGGACUUUGGGAUUGGCAGCAUGCAUAAUUCUGGCCUUUGUGGACGUGUUUUUCAGUUUCAGGAACAACCAAUUGUGGGUUGAUCAAGUGGCUGCACAGAUUGUCACACUCCCAUUAGGAAAGCUGAUGGCUGCAACUUUGCCAAACAAGAACAUUGGAAUCCCUGGUACCAAAUGGUCAUUCUCUCUGAAUCCAGGGCCUUUUAGUCUCAAAGAGCAUGUUUUGAUCACCAUUUUUGCCACUUGUGGUGCCAAUGGUGUUUAUGCCUUGCAUAUUGUCUCCAGUGUCAAGGUCUUCUACAAGAGACCCUUCAAUCCUUUGGUUGCUUUUAUUCUCUCACAGACUACAAUGUUUCUUGGAUAUGGUUGGGCUGGUAUGUGGAGAAAAGUACUGGUUGAUUCCCCUUAUAUGUGGUGGCCUGAGAACCUUCUCCAGGUUUCAUUGUAUAGAACAUUUCAUGAGAAGGAUAGGAGACCAAAAGGGGCACAAACAAGGCUUCAGUUCUUCUUGGCAAUGUUCAUCAUAAGUUUCGCCUAUUACAUCGUCCCUGGAUACUUUUUCCCUACAAUAUCCUGCAUUUCUAUAGCCUGUUUGAUCUGGAAAAACUCAGUACUCGCACAACAAAUAGGUUCAGGUGUUUCUGGUUUGGGAAUCGGCUCGUUCGCCCUGGAUUGGAACACUGUUGUUGCCUUCUUGGGCAAUCCUAUAGCAACUCCAGCAUUUGCCAUCAUCAAUCUUAUGGUGGGAUUUUUCCUGAUUGUCUAUGUUAUUAUUCCGAUUGCAUAUUGGACUAAUACCUAUGAAGCGAAGAAAUUCCCAUUCCAUUCGACUCUCACUUUUGAUUCCCAUGGUCAAAAGUACAACAUCUCCCGGGUUCUGAACAAGGAGUUCGAGUUUGAUAAAGAUGGAUACUAUAACUACAGCAAACUUUACAUGAGCAUACUUUUUGCCAUGAGCUACGGCAUGAACUUUGCGACUUUAACAGCCACAAUCACCCAUGUUUUCCUCUUCUAUUCAGGGACAAUAUGGGAACUGACAAUAAAGACAGCAACAACAUUGAAAGGUAGGGUGGGAGAUAUCCACACCAGAUUGAUGAAAAAGAACUACAAGGCAGUUCCUGGCUGGUGGUUUCACGGCUUGCUGAUUGUUGUGUUUGGCCUUUCUCUCUUCGCUUGCGAAGGAUUCGACAGGCAACUCCAACUCCCCUGGUGGGGACUUGUACUAGCAAUGGUUUUAGCCUUUACUUUCACUCUACCAAUCGGCCUGAUUCAAGCCACCACAAAUCAGCAACCCGGCCUCAAUGUGGUCACGGAGAUGAUCAUCGGCUAUCUGUAUCCUGGCAGGCCAUUAGCAAAUGUUGCGUUCAAGACAUAUGGUUACAUUAGCAUGGCACAGGCCAUGGCUUUCCUUAAAGAUUUAAAGAUUGGUCACUACAUGAAAAUACCUCCAAAAUCCAUGUUCUUAGUCCAGGUCAUUGGAACACUGGUCUCUACAUCGGUUCAAUUUGUCACGACUUGGUGGCUACUGACAUCAAUAGCCAACAUUUGCCAUCCUUCAUUAUUACCUGAGGGAAGUCCAUGGACAUGUCCAGGUGAUACAGUCUUUUACCAAGCUUCAAUCAUAUGGGGAGUGAUUGGUCCAAAGAAGAUGUUCACUAAAGAAGGCAUAUACCCGCAGCUGAACUACUUCUUCAUUCUCGGCGCAGUAGCUCCGAUUCCCUUCUGGCUUCUGUCGAAAAAAUACCCCGAAAAGAAAUGGCUGGCGCUGAUCAACAUGCCCAUCUUGUUAGGAGCAACAUCAAAUAUGCCACCAGCAAGAUCAAUAGAUUACAUCAUGUAUGGAUCAGUUGGGAUUUUCUUCAAUGUUUACAUUUACAGGAAGUAUAGGGCUUGGUGGGGGAAACACGCCUAUGUCUUGGGAGCUGCAAUGAAUGCCGGGAUUGCAUUCAUGGGAAUCCUUCUGUUUGUGGCUCUGCAAUACCAAAAUAUUAGUAUAGAUUGGUGGGGGAAUGCUGGUGAUCAUUGUCCUUUGGCCAAAUGCCCUACCUCCCCUGGAAUUCAUGUUGAUGGUUGUCCUGCUUUCUGAUGAUCUAGGCUAGCUACAACACAUUUUCCCUCUUUUUUUUGGUCAA